AUGGCAAACCCGACACUCAACCCAGCGUUGAUACGUGGACUCCUUGCAGAAAACAUUAAUGUAUGCUCACAACCAACUAGAUCGAUCGGAUAUAAGAGAAACGACAAAGUCAGCAAUAGUUGGACUCUGAUUGAUCAAAAUUGUAAAUCUCAAAACGCGGUUUUACUUCUGAGAUUGGCGAAGAUGAAUAUUAAACGUUGUCAGCGCUUUCAGUGCCGCGGAUAUCUGGAAAUUUUAGCCGAUCUUGAAAGCAAGGACAUUUGUGAAUACCGUGUAAACACCUGCUUUGUUUUUUAUCCCAAACACUCCACUUGUCUCAAUGCCUCCAUCGCCGACGCCUGUACCAAAGUAAUAUGGACCAGAAUGGAGAAUAUUCUCCCGAUUACUGUGAAGUAUUCUUCGAAACAUUGGGCUGGUGGCCAUAUUCAACAAUUCGAAAUUGAAAUCAUCUACCAGUCAUUCAAUUCAUCAGUUGACGAAACCACAACUGUACAGCCGAUGUCAACAACUGCUCAACAAUCAACCGUUUUAUCCAGCAAUUCCGGACAAGUUCAAGCAGUGUCUUCGGAACGCACGCUUGCAAUACUUUUUGGGAUUCUGCUAUUCAUUGUUUUGAUCAUUCUCUUUGCGGGGAUUGUCAGAUUUCGAAAGAAGAUUGGUAACCAGCAACAAACACUCCAUAUUCCACAACACAUGCCUUCUCCAAAUGUGGAAGCCGCAAACACAAGUCAGGGAAGUGAAGGCGAACCUGUAUACAGCGUUAUUAAGGCAUCUAAUGCCAGAUCCGAGCAAGAAGUUGUUGUUAACGAACUUUAUAAUUUGUGAAGAGAAUUUCGAUAUACCAGAAUUCGAUAUACCGGUAAAAAAAAUAGUAACUUGCGUUGUAAAACAAAAAAAGGUAUUCCGUUGUUUCAAAAUAUUUUCACUUCUCUACAAGCAAUCAUCUUUUAUUUUUUGAAAAAAGGGAACAUAUAUAGUCACUUUUUCUAAUUAUAUGUGUAACGGGCAAAACCAAAGAUAUCGACUUUCAUAAUAUAAUAAUUGUUUUCGUAAGAUCUUUUUUAACUUCUGUACAGACUCUAUAAUCAUUAUGCAAUCAUUCUUUUUUGAAAUAUUCAACAUAUAUAGACACGCUUCAUAAUAUG